UAAUAUUUGUCAUCUGAGGAGGUAUUAAAUUUUCUAACUACAAUACAAUUAUUCUCCGCUUUUCAUUGCGUUAAGUGAAAGCUUAUAUCUCGUAAAAAAUCCUGUGAUUUUAUUAUGUACGAGUCGGACCUGUGUGAGGUGACGUCAGUCGGUUAAGAAUGGCAUGAACUGCAAUCUCACCCCGACCUGCGAGAGGCAGCAAUGUGCUGCAAGGCAUCCAGCCUGCCGGAAUCCCACAAGAAGAAGAAGAAGACGUCAGUCAGUGUGCGCCGCGGUCUUUUUCAGUGAAAAACAAAACCCACGCUCAGCCGAUGCUCCCUUGCAGAUUGCAGCCGAGAUGGGGAAAUGUAAGUUUUCUGAACUGUGGUUACAGGACGCUAGAUUUAGAGACCGGUUACGGCCAGUUGCUGCUAACACCAGAGAGGCGUAUUGCAAUAUUUGCAAAAAACAAUAAAUAUCACCUGGAUGGGCGUGAAUGCUCUCUGGUCCCACAUGGCAUCCAGUGUCCACCAGUCCAGAAUUCACAGACACAGUGAGCAAUUGCCAAUUUCAAUUCAAUUCAAUUCAAUUCAAUUUUAUUUAUAUAGCGUCAAUUACAGUCAACUCGUCUCAAGACGCUUUACAGAACCCAAAUGCCUGACCCCCAGAGCAAGCCCAAAGGCGACAGUGGCAAGGAAAAACACCCUUUUAACAGGGAAGAAACCUCGAGCAGAACCCGGCUCUAUAUAGGGGGGACCCAUCUGCCGGCUGGCCGGGCGGGUUGAGAAGGACAGAAGAGGGCAAGGGGGAGGGAUGGGAGAAGAGGGAGGGGUGGGAAAGCAAGGAAAACACAACACACAUUUGGAUACAUGCAUGACAGGAUAUGUGACACAGACAAAGUAUAAGCUAACAUUGAAAACUGACUCAUAGUUUACUCUUAUGAUGUACGGCUCUGACAUUAAACAUACUCCAUAUCUAGCUAGCAGUAAAAUUCAAACAGUAUGUAAGUUAGCAUAACAGUAUAGUGAAGGCAAUGCAGAGUUGACUGGUGGAAAAAGGGAGUUGGAAGCAGAGGGCUGGAGGAAGGUCAGCAGCAGCAUCCCACAGUGGACAUGAUGGAGACUGGACCAGCUGGUGGAACAUCAACCGCAGAUCUGAAGCAUCCAGCUCUGGGACCAGGGACACUCGGAGAAAUAGCACAGGGGGAAACAGAGUGAAUGUACUGCAAUAAUGGUAUACAUAUUAAAUGUAAAGGUAGAUAGAGAAGUGCUCAGUGCGUCAAGAAAAGUCCCCCAGCAGCCUAGGCCUAUAGCAGCAUGACUAGAGGCAGAACGAAGGGACGUCCAAGAAGGAGUCAGCUGUGCAAAUGAAGACACAAGCCGAACCCCUGUGGGUCACCCAGUCAGCCCCAACUAUAAGAUUUGUCAAAAAGGAACGUUUUAACGUUUUAUUUCAAUGUUUUGCAAUACUACCUCGACACCGGCUUCAUCACCACAAACCUCCGCUCUCCCGCAACCACCUGCUGCUCCCCCUCAAGCCCCUGCCAGCAGUGGCACCUUCAGACAGCAGGCUCUCUGCUCCACGUCCACUCUGCAAGCAGAGGUUCUAUGGUGCCUGGAGACAGCAACAAAACACCACUCCUUCAAAUCCGAGGGGAUCGGAGAACUGUUCCGCAAUAUGUUCCCGGAUUCCGAGAUUGCCAGAUCAUUUGCGUGUGGAAAGGACAAGACAAGUUACGUCGUUAAGUUUGGUUUGGCGCCAUACUUCAAAAACAAGCUCAUAACAAGUAUCAACAAAGCUGGGCCGUUCGUCCUAAUGUUUGACGAGAGUUUUAAUGUAUGCUCCAAAAAAACAGAUGGACAUACAUGUGCGUUUUCUGGAGGAUGGCUGUGUGACAUCACGGUUCUUUGGGUCGGAAUUCUUGGGACAUGCGAGGGCCGAAGACCUGCUGCAGCACAUCAAAGAAUGUGUCGCAAAGCUCAACAUGCGGAACCUGCUUUCAGUUGGGAUGGAUGGCCCAAAUGUGAAUUUCAGAUUUUUGGAUCUCCUUCAAAAGGAGCAUGGCGAACUUCACGGAGGUGCUGAGACAAUUAGUGUUGGGAGCUGUGGACUUCAUACCCUCCACAAUGCCCUGAAAGCUGGCUUCACAGAAUGGUCUAUUGAAAAACUACUGAGAGCCAUGCAUUUCCUUUUUAACAAUGUUCCCGCCCGGAGAGAGGACUUCACAAACAUCACUAAAUCCACCAGCUUUCCACUGCCUUUCUGCGGCCACAGGUGGAUUGAGAAUGUUCCGGUGGCAGAGAGAGCAGUAGAAGUGUGGCCAAAGCUUCAACUCUAUGUGGAUGCUGCACUUAAGAAGAAGGUCCAAAAACCAAGCUCGGCCUCUUUUGACACCGUCGUGGCAGCAACAGGGGAUCCUCUCAUUGUACCAAAAAUACAAUUCUUCCUUGCCAUUGCAAGAAGCUUUAACCCCUUCCUAACCCAAUACCAAAUGGAUGACCCAGUGUUGCCAUUUUUGGCCAAGGAUUUAACCGAGCUCUUGAUGAGUUUACUGCGGCGGUUCAUUAAACGGGAAGUCCUGCAGGACCGCACCCCCCGGCAGCUGAUCCAAAUUGAGGCUGCUGAAGAGAGGAACUGGAUCUCCCCAAAAAAUGUGGACAUUGGCCUGGGUGCUGAAUCUGCAGUCAAGGUGAUGUCAUCAUUCAGCAGUACACAUCCCUCCUAUCUGCUGAGGGUAGAGAAGAGGAUUUCCAGUCCUUUGAGCCAUUUAAGCAGCGCCUGGAUGUCUUCCUGUCUAUGAAACUACGCAAGUCCCAUCCUGAACUGCUUAGGUUCAGCCUAAGGGUUCUCCUCCUGUCCCAUGGCCAGGCGACCGUAGAGAGGGGCUUUUCUGUGAAUAAGGAGGUAGAAACAUGCAACCUUCAUGAUGAAUCCAUCGAAGGACUAAGGUUGAUCUGUGACGAGGUAAACAGUUGUGGUGGCAUUCUGAAAGUGCCUUUAACCAAGGAGCUCCUGGCCUCUGCUGCUUCAGCUCGGUCAAAGUACAGGCUCUACCUUGAGCAAGAAAGAAAGAAGAAAGAGAGUGCAGCCAAAGAGCUGAAGAGAAAAUCUGUGGAGGAUGAGCUUGAGGACCUCAGGAACAAGCGCCGGGUCCUGAGCAAUGUGACAGAGUCACUCCAAACACAGGCAGACAAGUUGACUGAGAUGGCUGAGGGAAAGGCAGGGACAAAGAUGGCCGAGCUCAUAACAAAAUCAAACACUCUUCGCAGAAGAUUCAGGGAAAAAAAGGCUAAACUGCGACAAAUGAACAAAGUAAUUGAGGAAAAGACCACGCAGUUAAGGCAUUUGUAACACACACACACACACACGGAAGAAUGAAGCAGGAGGUAAAGAGUGACAUGCAUGAAUCUGUUUGUGUUUCUGGCUCUAAUUUGUCACCACAUUCCCAGAUCUCUGGAGACUACACCUCAUUUAUAAUAAACCAGAUUUAUUUAUACAGCAUAUUAUUGUUUUUUUCAGUGUAGUUGUACAUGUUAAAGAAAUCUCACUAUUAGUUCGGCUGCAGCAGGUCUCUUACGGUAUGUGGACUGUGCUGGUGUUUUUCUGGUGAGGGCGAGCCUCCUCUGCUUGACUUCAUGUCAGAGCCUCAGAAAAAUCCCUCUGCUGUCUGGUUCUUUCAUAAUGCUCAAUAUGUUUUAUGGUGUUGCAUAUUCCACGUAUGCAGAGGUUAUGACUUAUUUCAGUCAGCUGAGAUAUAUUGCAUUCAUUGUUUUUUUGGGGGCUGUCCCUCUCUUUUGGUUUGAAUCCAUGUGAUGUUUGACGGUGUUUCUAACUGAAAUGUGCAAGUUUUCUGGAAAUCAUUUAAUUAAACAUCUGCCUUUAACCUUU